UUGCCAUGAACUGAAGCACCUGUUUAUCGAGAUUCCAUGGUGCUUGAACAGUUUGUGAGUCAAGCUCCCUCACAAUGUUUCCUCCGAUGAAUCGUUUCCCUAUCAAUCUAGUUGUAAUGACUGGCCUUGGUCAGCAAUCAACAUGGCAGCAUCACACUUACUUUCCACUGUCACAUCGCUCCAGUUACCUGAAGAUGACGGUGACGAGCACCCAGUCGAAGUAUCAUUGUCUAACUUCAUAGAACAACUUCUGUCACCCAACGGCGGAAAAGGCUCACCAUUCUGCAGAGCUACAAUACGCUCCAUCUCUCUUGGACAAGCUGAGAUUAAUCUCUUCAAGAUCAUCGUUCUGCUAGUCACCCUCGAUAACGUGAAGUAUUAUGUCCAUAUACGUCAUCCCAAAGACGAGGAGUCUCUCUGGCACCAUUUUAUCACUUCCUUGUGGAGCUAUCAUGGGUUCGUGCAGGAUACAGUAGUGAUAUAUCGACCAGGAAAAAUGCAGAAAGCCGCUUGGGACGCCUUGGACGUCGAUUUCACAGCCGAGCUGUCCGAUAGUGACACUGCAUCGCAGGAUAUUCUCUCGGUCGCCUUGCGUUUACGCGACUUCCGGAACAAUUACUGGUGGUAUUUCUGGCUGAACGAAAAUUGGCAGUGGCCUAUAUCUAUCGUGAAGGCGAUAAUGAAAUGUGCUGGCCAGGUUGUCCGUGUCCAGCUACAAUGCGACGAAGAGCCGCAGCAGAUUGACAAGUGGGAACAAACUGACGACUUGCUGGGAGAGAAGGCGGAAGGAUGGAAACAUGCGGAGGGGAAAAUAUAUGGGAAUGGAAUGAAGGACGAUGUGCUGUUUUUGUUUGCGCAUGCACGAGCGCGCUUCUUGAUAGGGCCGAUCAUACUGAUCUCUGCAUUUCUUUAUGUUUAUUAUCGCUUCUAAUCUCAUCAGGUUUUUGUGAAUCGAAGGUUGAAGUAAUGACACGGCUGCCAUUUUGUAAUGAUUCCAGAGACUAGAUCAUCU